AUGGCGCAGACGCGGGAAACGCCCGCGGAAUUCGAGAAGGGUCGCAUUAAGGCCCUUCAGGAGGAACGUCUUCAUAUUCAGAAGAAGACGUUCACGAAAUGGAUCAACUCUUUCCUUCACAAGGCGCGGAUGGAAGUCGAGGACCUCUUCUUGGACCUGGCUGACGGCAAGAAGCUGUUGAAGCUGCUUGAGAUCAUUUCGGGCGAGAAGCUCGGCAAGCCCAACAACGGACGUAUGAGGGUCCAUAAGAUCGAGAACGUCAACAAGUCGUUAGCGUUCCUCCACACCAAGGUGCGUCCGAGGUGCGCUUGGAAAGCAUCGGUGCUGAGGAUAUUGUUGACGGGAAUCCCCGGCUCAUCCUCGGGCUGA